AUGGACGCCACCCGCCAAGCCACCGCGGCCGCCACCCUCGCGUUCCUCCUCGUCGCCGCGGCCACCGUCUCCGCGGCGGCGGCGUCGCCGGCGUCGCGCAAGGUGCUGCAUUGGAAGGACUACCUCGGCUGCCCGCGGGACGCCGUCAAGUUCGGGGCCUGCGUCGCCGCGCUCGGCUCCGCGGGCCUGCAGGCCGGCGCGCAGCUCGGGACCAAGUGCUGCGACGUCGUGCAAGGGCUCGCCGCCGUCGAGGCCGCCGCGUGCUUCUGCACCACCAUCAAGGAGACCGUGCUCGGCAUCCCCACGGAGUGGACCGUCGGCGUCGGGGCCCUGGCCAGUGCCUGCAAGACGGAGCUGCCCGACGGGUUCAAGUGUGUCUGACGACGAUGGUCACGUCUCACUAGUGCUCUCUGUGGGCUAUGGCUAGCUCUUGCUGUUAGUUGAUGUGAAACCUUAUUCGCUUUAAUUUCCUGUUCGAAGCAACGUUGUUGCAUUGCAUCACUGUCCUUUGCCCUCUGCAGGUUUUGUCAAAUGUGUAGCCGUAAAUUUGUUUGUUCAGCAUGACAUGAAGAGUCGCUCGCUAGCUGUAAAAUACAUGUGCUUUGAAUCAA